ACACCAACAACGUCCUUCGCACCCGUUCGUUGUCAUUUUUUUGACACUGUAAUGCUUCAUUCCUACUGCACUGAGACUGUCACUAUACUCGCGUCAUUACUAUAUCGUGCCCAAAAUCUCACCAUCCUUCAUAUCCUCGCAUCCAUCUCAUGCCGUCGAGAAAGCGCGUUCGUCGGUCGAGUCGCAAACACGAAUGCCGCCCUCCAUGAGCACAAACAACGAUGACAUUGGUCAACAACUAACGAAUGAAGAAAUCAAAACCCUUUACGAUAUCGUCGAACUUGCGCAAACCCUCCCAGGCCCACGAUACCGCGCCCUUUUUGCUGCGUACGAUCGCAUCCGCGCUAAGGGCAAUAGAAUUCAAGAUGGGAGUCGCUGCUUCACUUUCCUGUUACGCAUGCAGGAUGAGAGAGCGAGGGAAGAUACAAGUCUGGUAGACACAUUCCAGCGCGUUUUGCUAGACAUGGGCAUUCAGGUUGAGGUUGACCCAACUGGCGAAGGUGUCGAAAUUACCGAUUCCCAGCUCGAAGUGAAUAAUGGCGCAGAUACCCAGGAGGUGCAUUUGGAUCCGAGGACCUCGGGACGUAUUCUUUCACGAAGAAGCAGCUUCGACUCCUUCUUCGAUGGGUCAGCCGACAAAGUUGCUGGGACCGAACGUGAACAUCGCCUACCCUAUCGUACAAGAGCAGAUGCCUCGAGUUCCACAGGAGUUGCGGUGAAGAAGAAGAGGCGCUCAAUGUCAAAUACCGAAACUCGGACAGGGGCGUUUACGUACGAACAGCGCCAUGCUGAAAUGAACGGCACUAGUAGUAGAAGAUCUGUGUCUGAUCAGGUUCCCAUCCGCGGACGACGAAAUGCGUCGGUAUCUAGUCGGGGCAGUCUGCGAAUCAGACGAGCUGGAGAGGACGAAAUCGAUACGCACGAGUUUAGCGACUAUGACGGCGACGACAGCCAACACACGGAUAGCUUCGACCGUUCGCAUGUACAGAUACCUGGAGUUAAUGCACCAAUACCCGGAGAUUUCCAUCAGCUGAGCUCAGAUCCACAACCCAUCUUGUACGGCCCAAUCUAUCGGCCAUCAGAGACCCAAAUAUGGCGUGAUGCCCAAGUAUUUGAUAGUCACCGAGUUUCCGCACUUGCCAACCGAUUUUUACAGAAUUGGCGAGAUCGCCUGCGCGACCAUCACAAGCAGAUAGAUGAUAUGCAUGCAGCAGCCAUUGCGUUUGACAGGAACGUUCUACUUAAGGCCUCCGUCGAGUCGUGGAAAAUUGCAUAUCAGAACAAACGUGCAGCUCUCGAAACAAAUCUAUUCUUCGACCGCCUAGAAUCCCGAGCGGCGAAGGCCCGCAAUCUUUUCCUCCUGACAAAAGCAUUCACCCAUUGGGCGAAAAGCGCGGAAGACGAGGUUCAGAGGACAUCAGUCGCCAGGCGCCACAUCAUCCGGACAAAAUACUUCAACGCAUGGCGCGAUAUAACUGCUGUCAACGAGCUCAAGAUACAGCAUUUCGUUCUAGGCAACUUUAUUCGAAGAUGGCGCACUCGAGCUGUGAAUGUGAACAGCCAGAAUGAUCUUGCUGUUGAUCUGUACCUUGAAAACCUGAAGAACAGAACAUACUGGAAGUGGUUCCACGCUUUUGCGAACCGUAAUGCGCCAUUGUAUCAUGCGAAGCGAUUAGCAAAGCAGUAUUUUCACAGAUGGCUUGAGAUUACAAGGGUCACCAAGGAAAGAAACGCAUUUGAAGGCUAUAGAAGGGAUCGAAACGUGCUGCGCGAUAUCCUGGAUAGGUUGAUCCAGAAGACUGCCGCGUUGCGAAGCAUGGAGCUUCAGGCAGACGAAUUUCGACGAACAGCGCUUAUAUCAUCCGCCUUCUACACCUUAUCGAAGCAAAGCCAAUUACGCCCAAUAGAAAGGGCAGUCUACCGAUCUAGCCAGGACCGUAUAGUUGACACAUUGCUUCAAUUAUGGCGACGGGACACUCGUCUAUCACUCCAAGCUAAAUUUGUGGAUAGAGAGCGUAUUCUCCGAAAUGCACUUACGGUGUGGAACGAUGCUCUUCGAACCAAAGAGAUGAAGAGGACAAUCGAUGAUAGGGUCCUAAUUGGCUGUCUCUAUAAAUGGUCUUUAGCAACGCGAGUGUCGUCCACGCGCCGGACACACGAGUUCGAUAAUGCGAAGGGCAUUCUGAAUUAUUGGCUUGCCAGGACACGGGAUCGAGAAACACGAUUGGCAAGCGCCGAGAGAAAGUUUGCCCAACAUAGGAGAGCAAAUCUAAUGAAGUCAGCUCUGGCAAAGCUUGAAAAUGCCACCCUUGAUCGAAGAAAUCAGCAAUCUCUGGCCGUCAGGAUUCACGAUUCAAAAUUGAAUCAAACCUACCUCCCAGUUGUGACGUCAAGGCUAGAUGUCCUACGACAGAUGAACGAUUGGGCCGAUCGCGCACGUUAUUAUAUAACAACGAAACACGCGUUGCAACAGUGGCAUAAGGCGACCGAGGGUGCUAGGCGCGCUCGCAGGCGAGAGGCAUAUACCCAAUUUCGAAGGAAAUCCAAGCUGAAUCUUGUUCGUCGCACGUUCAACCUGUGGAGAAAUAAAUUAGACCGAUUCACCACUGAACAACAGAAGGCCACGGAGAUCUUAGACGACCGUAUCUUGGGUAUAACUUCACAACUACUCAUUCAAUGGAAGGAGCGGAGCACGAUGGUUUGUGAUGCACGCCGAGUUGCAGAGCAAAAAGAUGAACUUGGUCUACUCAGAGCUCACAUGUCUAAGUUGUUAAGAACGCAUUGGACAUUACGCGACAUGGACAAUCAAGCUGUCGCACUCAAACAGGAGUCCACCGAACUAAUCGCUGUGUCAAGUAUCAAGAAGCUCGGUUGGCGACUUUGGAAUGUACAGCGACAGAGGGAUAUGGCGAUCCAACUGCACCGUCGUAAUUUCGAAAAGAAUACCCGUGCCAUGAUUCGAUUCUGGCUUGAACAGACAAGAGAACUAAUUGCCACUCGUCGACACAGUCCGUCGCCGAGUGCUCGAACCACCAGUCGUCAUGAAGGAGAAGGAGUAGUUCCUGAGCAACCACAGUCAUACGAUUGGGACGAUGAAGCGGGUGAUGAAACUCGUCGACUCGAAGGUUGGACCGCCUUCGACGAAAAUUCGUUGGGUGUUGCUAACCUUGACCUCCCGUCAAUGGGCUCGCCAUCGCAGCAGACACCUGCAAGCUUCAUGUUGGAUCUAAGCCAACGCCCAGCUGUUCUAUCACAAAGCCGACCAGCUACCUAUCCUCACCCACAAUCAUCGAUGCGACCACCAACUAUCGCUGAAGUCGAUGAUCUUGAUGACGAAGCAGAGGGCGAAUUUUGGUCAUCGACCCCAAUGCCACCAUCCACGAAGCCUGGCUAUCUAAAGACACCAAGCAAGCGCAGUGUCGCCCGCGCAAAGCAUCCUGAAUUACCCUCUAGCCCAGGGAAGCGGCAGGUGCUGCCCGCGAUUGUAGAGAGGAUGGGUACCGCAAGCGCGCCACCAGUCCCAGGGUUGUCUACCAGAGACAUUAGUUUUGGAGGAGUCACGAGCUUUGAGCGACGGCUACGGGAGGGUGGAUUCGGCAGAACCUUUGCCGCUCCCCACGGGCAGAGGAGCAGUAUUCGUGGACAAGGAAGAGGGGACCGCCGAGUUGGGUUCGGUGACACGCCUGCUCGUUGAUCCUCAGUACAAGACGGAAUUGAAAACAGUCAUUGGUUGUGCUCUUGUAUUUAAUCUUUUAUGAUACCCAUAUUGUUGCUUACAUCUACACAUCGAAUGGUAUUAUUUGGAUAACGCGGUGCUCCUCUUGUACUGCUAAAAUCAUCAUUGCGUUGCAUUUAGGCGUUCCUCAUGGC